GGUCAAUUUGAGUCUGGAAAGAGCCGAAGCAGCACAACAUGCGCUGGUUAUUUUCUGCCAAUGAACGUAUUGACGAUCCAAUCUCAUCGCACGCAGCUAGUCAUCACUGCACUUUCAGCUUGCCUGGUCACGUCGGCACUGUUCACCGCGUACAAUGGCUACACCAAGCGAGAACGCCGACGAAAUCUCGACGACGAAAUCCGCCGGUCACUCGCUGCCGACAACGACGCACCACCCGUAGUGGAGAGUGAACUUGUUUUGAAGGAUGAAGUAUUUGCGGAGGAGCUCAUCAUACGAACUGCUAGCAAUGGUACAUAUGAUGAAGACCUCAUUCGGGAACAGCUUGCUCGGAACUAUGCUUUCUUGGGAGAGGAAGGAAUGGCAGGCGUUCGUGGUGGGUCUGUGGUUAUUGUGGGUUGCGGUGGUGUUGGCAGCUGGGCAGCCGUCAUGCUCGUUCGAUCGGGAGUAUCCAAAAUACGACUUGUUGACUUUGACUAUGUCACACUGUCUUCACUUAACCGGCACGCCACGGCGACGCUUGCGGAUGUUGGGACGCCCAAGGUAGCAUGUAUAGAACGGACUUUGAGGCGGAUUUCGCGGUGGGUGGAUGUUGACAGCCGGAUAGAAAUUUGGAGAAAAGAAGAUGGAGGGAGGCUCCUUGAGGGUGCCGACUGGGUUGUUGAUGCCAUCGACAACAUUACGACCAAGGUGGAUCUACUCAAGUACUGCCAUGACCAUAACAUUCGUGUCUUCUCCUCCAUGGGAGCUGGUGCCAAGUGUGACCCUACGCGGAUACAGAUCAGCGAUAUAUCCUAUACUAUCUAUGACCCCCUCGCACGAGCUGUGAGGCGAAGGCUGCGCUUGGAGGGUGUGACCUCUGGUAUUCCUGUGGUUUACUCUACCGAGGUGCCGGGGGACGUCAAGCUAUUGCCGCUCCCCGAAGAGGAGUUUGAGAAAGGUAACGUGAAAGAGUUGAAUGCGUUCGAUGAUUUUAGGGUUCGGAUAUUGCCUGUGCUUGGACCUCUUCCAAGCAUGUUUGGGCUGCAUAUAGCCAGUUACAUUAUCUGUGACUUGGCAAAGAAGCCCAUUCUGAAUCCUCUUCCGAUCAAAAAUCGGAGAAAGCUGUAUGAACGCCUUUUGCGAGACUUGCUGCAUCGCGAGUCCAAGUUGCUUGGCGAGCAAGUGAACAAGCUACCCAUCGACGAAGAUGAUGCGUUCUUGAUAUUUGAAGAUCUGCAUCUGGGCCGGUCCGUGGUCCCGCCUCACGCUGUGCCAUCAAGACCACAGUUGAUCCGAUGGGACGCCAGGAAAGGGCUGAUGCUGGAGAACUGCGUCGUGUUCGAGUUCCCAGAGGCUGAGAGGCACACGCAGGAGUGUCUCGGUGCUGGACGGGAUCCAAGGGAGGUCUGGGGUGAGGAGGUGCAGGCCAUUGUGGACCGGAAUGCGGCGCGGAUAGCCCGGUAUCGUGAGUGGGUCGGGUUGUGACAGUGUUACUAUAUAUAGACUGUGUAUCACGUGAGGUAUUGAGC